CGCUUUUAGCGGUCCGUUCUCUACCGACACCGAUUGCCUGGUAGUUGCUACAACCCCUUUGCAACGUUGCAAAUUCGUGGAAAAGGGGCCUUAGAGUCUGCCUACCCUUCGUUUCUUCUAGGGUAGGUAGUGUUAAAGAAACGAAGAUGCACGAUGUAACGCUAAACCACCAUGCAUGAGCGACGACUAUUCCAUCAACUCUCGUUGCUCUUCUUCCUUAUCCUGUCAUGUUUUCUUCUGUACCACCUGUUUUCAAUUCAGCCAGUCGAGCAACCCUUCCACCAGAACCUCAUGUUCAUCCCCCAUUCCGAAUCUUACAACUACACUUACCCCACUCACUUACUGGCAUCAAACGAUUACACCACCUUGGUCAAUUACAGCUUCACAUUCGAUAGGCUGAACACCGGAUGUAAUGAUUCUACUUUAUUACUCAUUUUAAUACAUUCAUCACCUGGAAACUUCAGGAAGAGAACGGUUUUGAGGUCGACAUGGGCACAGAAAAACGAAUGGACUAAAAUCUUGUUUGUUAUGGGCAGGACAGAGAAUGAAACCAUCCAGAAAGAACUGACAAGAGAGAAUGACUCGUAUGGCGAUCUAAUACAAGGCAGUUUUUUGGACACGUACAGAAACCUAACCUACAAGCACAUAACUUGUUUGAAGUACGCCAUAUACCACUGUCCUCAAGCAAAAUAUAUCCUUAAAUGCGAUGACGAUAUCUUUGUUAACAUGCCGUUAUUAAAAAACUUUUUGAACUUUGAUUUAUCACCUUUUGGUGUUAGUAACGCAAUUCUAUGUCCUCUCAAACAUCUAGCACCUGUUUUAAGGACGUACCGAUCAAAAUGGAGGGUUAGUUUCGAAGAAUACCCUGAGAUAACCUACCCAGACUACUGUUUAGGCUGGGCAAUACUCUAUAGCCCAGAUGUGAUCUUUCAAUUGUACAAAUCCGCUCAAAAUUCGUUGAAUAUUUUCUGGAUAGAUGACGUCUACAUUACUGGAACUAUGGUGGCUAAAAUUAAUGUCUUUCACACUGAUAUUAGUGAUCUAGUGAUUACGUGGGAGGACCAAAAGUAUUUGGUUAGUAAGAAUGGGUAUCCUAGGAAGGAUUUUUUGUUAGGAAGGCCCGAUUUGACUGAGAGUGAACUAAGGGCGCUUUGGAAAAGAGUUACGUCACUGGAGGCUCCAAAAUCGAUUUGGAGACGCUCUGUCGCCGAGGGAUAUGUCAGAUAGCGUAUUUAUUUUUUUAGUAGGGAUGUUGAUAUUUAAAAAAGUUCGAUAUUUUAGUAACGCUAUUUAAAAUAAUAUGUCGAUGUAUCAUUUUACCUUGGAAGUACGUUUUACUUGGGGGAAACACUCAAAUAGGUAUUUGCGUUAUAAGUUUGGUAAAUUAAAUUUUAUAGUAUGAGUGGGAUGUUUAUUUUCAGAAUUUGGAAAAGAAUAUUGUAAAAGUUAAUUGCGUACGAAUGACGUAGAUACAAUGGUUUAUUUUAUACUCUUUGGCAGUAAUUUUAUACUGUUAAAAUAAAUAUUAACAGUAUAAACACAAUACAAAAUUUUUAUUUUUUCAGAAUACGAAAUACCGGGUGUGUCUCAAAAGUGGCUCACCCCCUAUAA